AUGUGUUGUUAUAGGAAUACAAAAAGGACCAUAAAAGGUAAACUUGCCAUUUACGGAGACCAUUCACCAUGGGAACCUUCAACGCAAACACAGUUAGAGAAGAAGGGAGGCUGUGCCGAGGAAAGGGGAGUAGAGAUCCUGGGAAUCCAAGAGCAUAGAAGAGUGCACGCUGAGGAUCAGAUCGUGUAUCACAGAGUGGAGAAAUGCUGGUUCAUCACCUCAUCAGCGUGGCGAAACGAGGCACAAGCUGCCACUGGCGGAGUGGGGUUACUAGUGAGUUCUCCACGUAAGGCUCUCCUUAGGGUACACUAUCACACCUUUGAUGGCAACCCAGUCACAACUGUCAUAGUCGUGUACUCACCCACCAAUGUGGCCCAAGCUGAGGAGGUGGAGAGGUUCUAUGAGGACCUUGCAACAACGGUCCGUGAUAUGCUGGCUCACAACUUCCUUGCAAUCCUGGGUGACUUCAAUGCAAGGCUCAGACCGGUGGACGCACCUCUCACGUACCACAACUCCACUAACCGCAAUGGCGAACAUCUUGCAGCCCUACUUAUGGAGCACGAGCUACUAGCUGCCAACACCAUGUUCCAGAAAAAAAUGGGCAAGAGAUGGACCUUCCAGGAUUGGGCUACUGGUAUGCAAUGUCAACUGGACUACAUACUAAUAAGGCGAAGGUGGAGAAACUCCAUCUUGAACACUGAACAUUACAGCACGUUCAACUCUGUGGGCUCUGAUCAUCGAGUCGUCUUCGUGAGGGUGAGACUGAGCCUCAGGGUCCCCAAACCAAGUCUGAAGACCCGGUAUGACUGGAAGGCAUUCUCUGCCAGCCCUGGCCGUCAAACCAGGUACGCAGUGGAGUACAGGCGGUUCGUUGCUGCGAACGUGGAGGUGACCAGUAUGUGUGUUCCAGUGAUGGAGAGGAAUGGAGUAUCCCAGAGGUCAAGGCAUCCGGAGGUCAUGGUGGCGCGUGAGGGAGUGGAGGAAGCACACUGA